CAUCUGAGCUCCUCCGGAAGGAUUUGAGAGGCUGACUCUACAAACCUAGCAAGGAUGGAAAGAGGAAGAUGGACAGUUGACCUGGUCCGUCUGUCUCCUGCAUCCCUCCCCACAACCUCUGACCAGUCUCUCCCAGGACCCUCAGAGAGAUCUGGUGAGUACCAGGAGGGAGAAGGAAAACUCCCUGGCAAGUGGAAAGGACGGAGAGGAGAGGAAGUUGCCUGCAUAACCAAAACAUGUUGGUAUCUGAAGAAGUGUGCAUGCACACAAAAGCUUAUACCAAGAACAAACUUAGUUGGUCUCUAAGGUGCUACUGGACAACUUUUUAAAUAAAAUAUAUAUACAUAUACAUAUACAUGCACACAAAAGCCUAUACCAAGAACAAACUUAGUUGGUCUCUAAGGUGCUACUGGACAACUUUUUAAAUAAAAUACAUAUACAUAUACAUAUAUGUCAGGGGUUCAGGAGCAGAGGCAAGGGCAAGGGAGGAAACAGAGAGCGAGGGGGAGGAGGCAGAAGAAAAGAUGAGUGAUGACGACGACCCGAGAUCUCCGAGUCUUUCCAGUGAAUCAGAAGAUUCACAGAAAGGAGCACCAGUGGCCAGGGCAAGGGGGAGCCUAGGGGACGCCCCAGGAAGAUAGAGCCAGAGGGGACUCAGAGGGAGCAGUUGGAGAUCGGGACCAGCGUCACCGCCAGAGAGCAGGGAAGAGGAAGGGAGCCAGGGAUCAAGCGCUGGCAGCUCACAGCAGGGGGAGGGCACGAGUCAGGGUGGCCACACCUCCAUCGGGGAGCGAAGAAACGGUCAGACGGAAGGUGGAAGGUUGGGCGCGCGCGCAAGUUCAAAUGCACAGGAAGGUGGCACAGUAGGCAGCCCGGAAGGGAGCCAGGUCCUAAAGCCCGCCGAAAGGAGGGAGAAGAGUCAGGGGGUCAGCGUCAGAGGAAUCCCGGAAAGAAGAGACCCCAGGGGCAGAGGGACCCAGAGAAGAACAGUCAGGCGGAAAAGGUGGAGCAGGGCUAGGAUAUUAAGUUGGUGUACAAGGGGCGGAGACUCAGACGGAGCUUCGCCGGUCUAACCAUGAGACGUAGAGUUGCACGCAGCAGUUUGAGAAUGGAAACUGUAACUCAAUAAAGACUUUUGUUUAAUGAUCGCUGGCUAGCGUGAUCCUCUGUGAGCUAGGAUCUGGAAGCAGCUCUGACAAUAUACAUAUACAUAUACAUAUACAUAUAUCUCGAAACAUGUUUAUCAGCCUUCAAGUGACCCUCAGAUACUUGGUUGUUUUCUACUGCAAAAUAUGAAUAAAAGAAAGCAGUUUUUAACAUAAUCCAGAGCUUUCCAAACUUUUCAUGUUGGUGAAACAGUUUUUAAUCAUGCCUCAUUUUGCGACACAGUAAUUCAGUUUUACUAGCAAACUGUGAUGACGGAGCCCGCCAUCACAAAUGGCGCAGUUUAGCAUAAAAUAAAGACACAGAGAGCCAGCAAUAUUUUCAGGAUGGUAUGAGCAGCUCCUUUCGAACUUCUCUUCUCUCCCGUAACUUUUAUCAUCCUUUGUUCUCUCCUCUCGCAUGGCCGUUUGCCAAUGUCUCACAUUACCUACAUCCGGUCAUGGCUUAAACCCACCCAUCGCCAUAUAGGGUCAUGCACUUAAUACACUGCAAGGCACGGACAUGCAGGUCACCGAGGUCAGCGAGGCACCAGGUGGUGCUACAAGCCUUUUCCAUGACUUCCUGGCUCCCACAUGCCCUCUUUCUUUAUAUUUUUAAUCAGAGUCAUAUAUAUCAGUACCAAUACGGUUAUAUCAAGCGCGAUAGGCGACUCUUGUGAGGCCAGAAGCAGGCCGCUGACGGGAGAACCAUGCAGUACAUAUAGAAAUUAAAGAAGGAAUACAUUGUAUACAGCAACACAAAAUAAUGCAAAUAACUACUAUAAUGAUCACUAAAAUCAAUAAAUGUCGAAGCCAACUCCCAUCCGGAAGCCAAGAAUAUAACCAUGCCCAUGGAUCAACGGAAGGCGGAGGAGCGAACGGAUUGUGAGCUACCAUGGUUUCCAUAUGAUCAAUCGUCGCAGAUAUGCUGACAUUAUUAUCAGGAAUAAACUUACAACAAUGAGAAUGAACAAGUGCACAAACUGUUCCUUUUGAGGCUAAAAUCACAUCCAAAGUAUAACGAUUCUGUAAAACUACCUCUCUCAUUGCAGACACCUCCUGGCUGAGAUUCUUCAAAGCCUUUAUGGUAUCAUUGAAUAAUCCUUCAGUCCAAUUUGCUAGCCGAUGGAGGUCCCUAUAGUUCAUUGCUGCGCCCACUGAGGGCAGCAAGGCCCGAGAGAUCUGGGUACCGAUAUAUUGGUUUAAGGGCGAAUUAACCUCCCGACGAUUUCGUAGUCUAAGAGAAGAUGGUAACUUAUCAACCUUAUACAACAAUGGAACCACGAGACCCAAUGUACAUGUGCCUGUGAGGUUUCGAGGAAUGGCUUUGUAUGCUUUUUCGCCACAAAGCAACCAUAACUCUCUUUGGAGUAAAUAGCUGAUAUUACUACUCUGUUGGGACCAAUUAAAGGCUGCAGUAAAUAAGGAACUGAUAUGAAGUUGCUCAUCUGUGGCAUUUGCUAAGCCAGGGAUAGAAGAAUUCAGACUCCGAUUUGCAUGGUAGGAUUCUAUCCUAGUUUUUAGCCAUGCACUGGUAUCGCUUCUAUAGCACUGAGAUUGGUCAUGUAUGUUCCUGUAAGAGAACAAGAGCUAUUAAAAGUGAAAUUCAAUGUAUAUUGACAGUUUGGAUAUAUGCCCCAUGAUUCUUUCCCCUCUUUAAUUUGAAAACAAAUGGGGGCAGGCUCAUGGAGGGUCAAUUGUACUGGAGGCCAAAAAGUUUGCUUAGGGGAUAUAAUAUUAGUAAAUUGAAAAGAUCCAUUGACAGGCACACCAUGAAGCAUUAUGCCGGAAUGACUGGCAAAAGGCGGCAAUAAACCGGUAAACAUAAUCAUAUCUUGUACAAAAAUAUUAUUCCUUCAUAUCUUAUGAUAAUUUUCUCCCUAAAAGUCUUAUUCAACAACGCUGUUCUUCUAGUUCGAAAGUGGCUGAGCCGUGGAUACUGCCAGCCAGAGUAGGAAGCUGACAACAGCUGCUUGCCAGCCGAUGAGGUGAAAUAUGGUGGUUUCAACUGGACUGGGUCGUCUGCUUCUCUUCCUUGUAUAACGGUGCAGCAAAGGAUGGCAAGGCAAAUGGUUAGGAAGGCGCGUCCGCAGUUGAGGAACCCACAAAGGCUUGUCCUCGACGUCCACUGCCGCGUACCCUCGUCCCCACGUGAUCAGCGGGACAGGUCCAUGCCACGCGGGAUCAGGCAAGCGUCGGUACACCACCAAGGGGCGGGGGAGUGCCUCCUCCUUCCUAAAAUGCAAUUCAGCGGGGGUAUGGGUCCUAAGAUGUGGAUAUAAAAGAUGGUUAAGUACAAAAAGAACUUGGUGAACUGCCGAAGGGAUAUCUGCUGUUGGUAUGCUUCGGCCGCCAAGCUGUUUAAGCAAUAGUGUUUUGAACGUCAGGUGUGCUCUUUCCACUAUCGCUUGCCCUGUGGAGUUAAAGGGUAUACCAUGAGUUAAUUUCACAUUCCACAACAUACAAAAUUCCGAAAAUGUUUUAGAAAUAUAUGCUGGACCAUUAUCAGUUUUGAUACGCGCAGGUUUACCCAUGACUGAGAAACAGUGAAUAGUGUGUUGAAUGACAUGCCGAGCUGUUUCCCCCCUCAUGGGCGUAGCCCAUAUGAAUCCAGAGUGGGUGUCCACCGUGAGGUGAACCUUGGAGAGUGGAGCCAACACAGGUGUGUGUGUGACAUCCAUCUGCCAACACGCCAAUGCAGACGUGCCCUAGGAUUGACAGCAUCAAAAGGAAUGGCCAGCUGAGAUUUAGAACAAGAAGCACAUUGGGAAACUAUAUCCCUUGCUUGGGCCAAGGGAAUAGAAAACUGCUUUGCCAAUGCUUUCGCAGGAAGGUGAAAGGUGUUAUGAGAUAGUAUAGGAUCAGAAAAGAGAGAAAAGGCAGAAAUGUCCCUCAAAGCCGCAUCUGCUCUUGCAUUGCCCUCUGCUAAAUACCCUGGGUGCAAUGUGUGGGAGCGAAGAUGUGCAACAUAAUAAGGGAACUCUCUGUGCUGAAGUAAGGCCUGCAGGGAAAGAAACAAGGAAAACAAGUCAGAAUCCAAGGAAGGAGUUAUAUAAGAUAUUGGUAAAAUAGCAAAAAGGCGAUAUACAUACUGAGUAUCCACAAUAAGAUUGAAAGGUUGAGUAGGAAAGGAUUGACGGCACGAAUCACAGCCGCUAGCUCAGCUCGCUGAGCAGAAGACUGUGGGGGGGGGGUAAAUAAACAUUUCCAUUGUCCUCCCUCCUCCCAUGUCACUACCCCCCUACUUCUUGUUCCAUCCGUGAAAAGGGUCAAUGCAGAGGGGAGAGGUGUGAGAGACAAGGGGGUAGCCAAAACAUAGGUGACCUGUGUCAGAAAUGUCAAACGGUCAUCCUUUGGAGGGUUAAAAAUGAUGACACCUAUAAAAUCAGCCAAGGCAAUUUGCACGGCAGCAUUAGUUAUGAAUAAAUGCUGCUGUUCAGUCUGUGAGAAAGGCAGAUAUAUUGAUGCAACAUCAGAACCGCUCAAAGCUAUGGCACGUGAACGUCCUUUGAUAACAAUGUCUGAUGUGGAUUCAAUUACGGAAUAAAUGUUUUUUGGUGGGGUGUGCGGUAAAUGUAGCCAUUCUAUAAUGCAGAUAGUCUUCUUCUUUUCCGUCUGAGCAUAUAAAAUUCCUGUUGGCAACAACGGUGUAGCAAACACUGCCAGAUGCAGCUUGUGUGCAGAGGCUUCUGUGAUCCUGUCCACGAGAAUAGAUCGCAGGUGCUGAUUAAUGGUUUGUAAUGCAGUGAUCAUUGCUGAAGUGACCUGGAUUACAUCUGCUGGAUCUUUGUGUCCUGCGAGCGCUGAGAACAAUGGUGAUAGUGUGCUGGUAGGUAAUGCAAGGAAAGAGCGAGCCCAAUUCAAAUGCCCAAGAAGUUGUAAUUGCACAAGCUUCAUGUUUGAAGGGAUAGUCAGUUGGGGAACAAUAGGCAGCGCUGCUUGUGCAGAGACUUUAUGUCCCAAGUAGGUGGCGGGCAAUGUCAAUUGAAUUUUUUCAGGCGCUAUACAGAGUCCCGCUUCCGCUAAUGUGGCAGAAAGUUCUUGAAAAAUGCCAGGCGGGAGUUCCUUAGCAGCGAUUAAAAUGUCAUCCAUGAAAUGAUAACAUAAAACCUCUAGGUGGCGCCUGCAGAAAGGUUUCAAUGCUUCACCCACAAAAUGUUGACAAAGUGUAGGGGAGUUCCGCAUGCCUUGAGGCAGGACAACCCACUGAUAUUGCUGGGUGAGCUGCGAAUUGUUAUAUACUGGCAAUGUAAAAGCAAACCGUUCCCUGUCCGCUGGAGCCAGUGGGAUAGAAAAAAAACAGUCCUUUAAAUCAAUCACCGCCAACUGAUAUUCUCGUGGGAGCAUAUUUGGAUUUGGCAUGCCAGGUUGUAAAGUUCCCAUUGGCUGUAUCUGUUGGUUAAUUUUCCUCAUAUCCUGCAAAAGACGCCAUUUGCCUGAUUUUUUCUUAAUAACGAAAAUUGGGGAGUUCCAGGGAGAUGAGGACGGUUCAAUGUGGCCAAGGGUCAAUUGUUCAGAAAUAAGCUGGGCUGCCGCUGCUAAUUUUUCUUUUGGUAGAGGCCACUGUUCUACCCAUACUGGGGUAGUGGUGAUCCAUCGUAACGGCAGUGCGGAGCGUGGAAGUGCAGGGGCGGCCCUUAGAAUAAAUUUGACUCCAAUUUGGUGUCUUCAAUAGCCAAAAUAUCGCGCCCCCAUAAGGAGACUGGAAUGUCCAUUAUUAAUGGAUAGAGGGUGAUCUGAACCCCGCUAUCGCUUUGGAUGAGUAUUGGGUGGAGACUGCGCCGUGCCUGUGAUUCACCUCCCACACCAAUAACUUGUGUGGCUGGACAGGUGGGCCAACUGGAAGGCCAAGCAGAUUUUGCCACGACUGUUACAUCCGCCCCUGUGUCCAGAACUCCUUCAAUGCGUCGACCUCCCACUGUCAGAGACACAGAAGGGCGCGAGGCUGUAAUGUUCAUGGCUGCUGCAAUUAGGGGUAGUUGUUCGGAUGGGGGGGAAAUGAUAAUCUUCGCUACUGAAGUAUUUGACUGUAUUCUGCAUGAACGAUCCGCAUAUAGCGUGAUCUCAGGGAAAUUCACAUAUGGUCCGUGUGUUAGCAUCGGUACCGCAUGAAUUCCUGUUGCCUGUGCAGAUAAUAGAGGUAAUACCAGACAAGUGGCAUGAUUGUCUAACCCUGCUUCAGUGAGAACAUGAGUCUUUAAAGGGCAGAAAGGCAAAUGGAAUUCUACGUCCUGAGUCAGGCGAAGCCGUGGUGCUGUUUCCCUGGACUCCGGGGGGUCCCCUAUUGAUUUGUCUGGGCCCGGGGUGGGUCCUGCUGCCAGUUUCCCUGCUGUUGUCCUUGCUGAUUUCGGGCAGUGUACUGACCCUGCUGUUAGUUUUGGGAAAGCGAUCUGCAUUGAUUGGCCCAAUGAAAGCCUUUUUUGCAGAUUGGACAUUUGGUAGAAGGACGCCUAGGCUGUUGCGUGGAUCUACAUUGCGCCUUAAAGUGUCCUGGUUUGCCACACUGGAAACAGGUUUUAUCGGUGGCUACAGGCUGGUUUUUAUUUAGCGCUGCUGCCAGCAGAUGAGCCUUGUGGGUGGCUGUACCUACAGACUGACAAAUGCGAAGCAUGGCUGCUGUGUCUGUGGCAGGAUUGUGUAUUAUCGGUCGUAACGCAACCUUACAAUCCUCAUUGGCAUUUUCAAAGGCCAAUUGUUUGAUAAUUAUUUGUUUGGCUUCAGGAUUUUCAAUUUGGCGACUCACUGCUGUAAGCAGCCUGUCCAUAAAGGAAGAAUAUGAUUCUCUUGCCUCUUGCCUGAUUGAACCCCACCUUGAUUGAAUACUGGGUUCUGGGAUUUUUCUCAUUGCUUGUUUAGCAGCAAGAGCAGUGUCCCUCAAUAAGAUUUGCAGCAGUGUGGCUUGCACUGAAGCUUGAACGAAGGGACCACGCCCCAUCAUGGCAUCUAUGACGUCUGCGAGGGUAAUAUUUGGAUUAUUUCCUCUGACUUGUAACAAGGCCGGAGCAUAAGCACGGCAGGCAGCUUCCCAUUCGUGGGCAAACAAAACACCAGCUGAUGGGGGUAACACUGUAUGGGCCAAAAGCUUGAUGUCAUCUGGAACCAAGAGCUGGGCUAAUGUGGCUUCUAAAAGCGCCUGCGUAUAUGGGGCUUGGAGUCCAUUGGCCUUUACUGACUGUUGCAGCUCUUUCAAGAUCUUAAAGUCAAAAGGUUGGUGUUGGGCUUGGGUGCCUGCCGCGGCACCAGCAGGGGGCACAAUAACAGGGAAUGCCAUAGUAUCCUGAGUUAAGGAAGAGGCAAGGACUGCACGUUGAAAAGGGGUAGCUGGUUCUGCCGCUGAAAGAGUAGGGUCAUUUCCAGCCAGACCACGGUAUUUUUGCAGGAUUGGGUCCUCUGGUGAGGAACUGUAGUCCGGAGGUUUGGGGUCUGGGGCUGCUGGCAAAGCAAGUAUUGGAACAGACGCUAACACAGCAGGCUGGACUAAGGAAGCUGGAGGUUGUGUUGGCAAUGCAGCCAUGGAGAUAUUUUUUGGUGAUAAAGAGCCCAUGGCGUAACGAACCUUGCACCAUGCAUUUAGAAUCCGAAUACCAAUGCUGGGGUGCCCAUGAAAAUGUGCCCCAAUCUUGUCCCAAUAUUUCAAUUCCCAAGUCCCAUCUGCAGGAAACCAGGGGCAAUACUCAUCGAUGGCCACAAUAAGCUGUAUCAAAUCACCCUCCGGAACUUCCAAUUUGUUGGAGGAGAGGAGAAAUUUUAAGUCUUUUAAAAAUUUCUGUUGGGGAGUAGACAAAGAGCUGCCCAUUAUUCUAAAAUCAAGAUAAAAGAGGGAUAGAACUCACCGGGAUCUUUUAAAGAUGUGAAGCGCUUGAAACCCUUGCCGGGCGUGGUGAGCCGAUGAUAUCCGUUGCGUGGAUCGAAAAACCUCACACGGUUUUCUUUUAAAAGCCUCAGACGUAUUCUUUUAGUCAGCCUCACACGGGGCACCACUUGACGGAGCCAGCCGUCACAAAUGGCGCUGUUUAGCAUAAAAUAAAGACACAGAGAGCCAGCAAUAUUUUCAGGAUGGUAUGAGCAGCUCCUUUCGAACUUCUCUCCCCUAACUUUUAUUAUCCUUUGUUCUCUCCUCUCACAUGGCCGUUUGCCAAUGUCUCAUGUUACCUACAUCCGGUCAUGGCUUUAACCCACCCACAACCAUAUAAGGUUAUACUGCCCAGAGGGGGAACAUAACUCCAUAUAAGGCUAUGCACUUAAUACACUGCAAGGCACGGACAUGCAGGUCACCCAGGUCAGCGAGGCACCAGGUGGCGCUACAAGCCUUUUCCAUGACUUCCUGGCUCCCACACUGUGACACUCAUCUUGGAAAGCUCUGACGUAAUGCAUAGCUAAUCUCUGGACAUCCCUCCCCUUCUCAAACAGGGGAGAAACCAUUUGAAUUCAUGGAGUGUGGAAAGUGCUUCCGUCAGUUUACAAACCUUACUUACACAAGGGAGAAGCCAUCUCCCACUUGGACUACUGCAAUGCGCUCUACGUGGGGCUACAUUUGAAGGUGACUUGGAAACUACAACUAAUCCAGAAUGCGGCAGCUAAUCUGGUGACUGGGGGCAGCCGCCGAGACCACAUAACACUGGUCUUGAAAGACCUACAUUGGCUCCCAGUACAUUUCCGAGCACAAUUCAAAGUGUUGGUUUUGACCUUGAAAGCCCUAAAUGGCCUUGGUCCAGUAUAUCGGAAGGAGCAUCUCCUCCCCCAUCAUUCUGCCCGGACACUGAGAUCCAGUGCAGAGGGCCUUCUGGCGGUUCCCUCAUUGCGAGAAGUGAGGUUACUGGGGAGAAGCCUUCUCAGUAGUGGCGCCCGCCCUGUGGAACGCCCUCCCACCAGAUGUCAAAGAGAUAAACAACUACCUGACAUUUAGAAGACAUCUGAAGGCAGCCCUGUUCAGGGAAUUUUUUAAUGUGUGACAUUUUAGUGUAUUUUAGUCUUUGUUGGAAGCCGCCCAGAGUGGAUGGGGAAACCCAGCCAGAUGGGCGGGGUACAAAUAAUAAAUUAUUAUUAUUAUUAUUAUUAUUAUUAUUAUUAUUAUUAUUAUUAUUAUAGUGUGUGGAGUGCGGCAAGAGCUUCACUAAUAAUUGGAACCUUUGAACACACCAGCAAGUGUUGUUGUUAUAACCUGACAGAAUUUCCUCUCCUAAAAACUUGGAACAUAGACAGGAAGAGGUGGAAAGUCUGUUAAAAUAAGAGAUGUGCUAAAUGGGCUUGUGUGUUCGGUAGCUUUCUUCUCUACCUUGAAAGCCUAACAAGAUUUUCUUUCCCUUGCCAUGCAGGUGAUGGAGAAGACAGUCGGAACUCUAGAGGGCCACCUGUAGUUUCAUUGGGAGUAAAGAAGAAACCUUUUAAAUGUGUGGAAUGUGGAUUUUGCUUCCGUCAUCAUUCAAACCUGAGGGUACAUCAACGGAUUCACAGAGGAGAGAAGCCUUUUGAAUGUAUGGAAUGUAGGAAAUGUUUUAGCCGGAAGGAGCACCUUACUUCACACCAACGAACUCACACUGGGGAGAAGCCAUUUAAAUGUAUGGAGUGUGGAAAGAGCUUCAGUAGGAACAGCGCACUUACUUUCCAUCAGCGAACUCAUACAGGUGAAAAACCAUUUAAAUGUAUGGAGUGUGGAAAGGGCUUUAAUAGGAGUGAACACCUUACUCGACAUCAUCAAAUUCACGCAAGGGAGAAACUAUUUAAAUGUAUGGAGUAUGGAAAGACUUUCAGUACUGGUUCAACACUUAAUAUUCACCAUCAAAUCCACACAGGAGGAAAACCAUAUAAAUGUAUAGAAUGUGGAAAGAGCUUCACUUAUAGGGCAAAUUGCAGAAGACAUCAACAAACUCACACAGGGGAGAAACCAUUUAAAUGUAUGGAGUGUGGAAAGGGCUUUAAUAGGAGUGAACACCUUACUCGACAUCAUCAAACUCACACAGGGGAGAAACCAUUUAAAUGUAUGGAGUGUGGAAAGGGCUUCAGGGAUGGGUCAGGACUUACUAAACAUCUACAAACUCAUAAAGGGGAAAAUAAAGUUUAA